GGAGCCGCAGCCGCAGCCGCAGCCGCUACUUGUCGAGGCAAAAAGGUUAUUAGAUUUCAAAGAAAAAGAAGGCGACAUAUUUUGCAGCGCAUGCGGCAACGACGCGACGUCUGCUUCGAAACGACGACUCGUAUUUACCCACCUUCCCAGAAAUAAACAGGAGCUAACUAGCUGGCUUAAUGCCUGCUAUUAGGGGUUAUCUAGGGUUUUGAUCACUUCGCCAUUCUUUCUGUGUGUAACUUCGGAGCCAACAACUUUCACUCAUUAUUUCCCGCCUAAAAAUUCAUAUGCUAUAACAGUAAUAAUAAUAAUAGUAAUACUCUUUUCUCCUAUUAAGCUAGGGUUUCAAAAACCCAAUAACAAGAAAAUGGUGUCUCCAAAGCAACUCCAUUCGAUAGUCGAAUCUUCUUUAUUCAGUUCGUCGUCUCCGUCACCGGCGCAGAGAAUCGAGCUCUUGCACGCCCUUCGAAGCUCUCUCCCUUCUCUCCAGAACCUUCUCUCCUACCCGCCUCCUAAACCUUCGGACCGUGCUCAAGUUCAGUCAAAAGAAGUUAGGUUACCAGAUUCACCGCCAAUUCCAUUAGAUGAUCAGGAUGUUCAGAUUGCUUUGAAAUUGAGUGAUGACCUCCAUCUCAACGAAAUAGAUUGUGUUCAAUUGCUUGUUUCUGCCAACCAAGAGUGGGGUUUAAUGGGACGAGAGCCAUUAGAAAUUUUGCGCCUUGCAGCAGGACUUUGGUACACUGAGAGACGGGAUCUUAUAACGGCUCUAUACAUUCUUUUAAGGGCUGUUGUACUUGAUCAGGGACUUGAACCGGACCUUGUUUUAGACAUUCAGAAGUGUCUAGAAGAUCUUAUAAGUGGCGGGCUUAGGCAGCGUUUGAUUUCUCUAAUAAAGGAACUCAAUCGAGAAGAGCCUGCCGGUUUAGGUGGGCCUCUAUGUGACCACUAUGUCCUCGACUCUAGAGGUGCUCUUAGUGAGCGGCGAGCUGUGGUUCAUAAGGAGAGACAUUUGCUCGGACAUUGCCUUGUCCUGUCUGUUUUGGUUGUGCGGAUAAGCUCAAAAGAUGUAAAGGAUGUUAUCUAUACCUUAAAAGAUAGUGCUUCUGAGCUUGUGGAGGUCAAUGGCACUCUAAAACAUCAGAUUGCGUUCUGUCUUCUUUUCAGUCUUGUCAUUGCUUUCAUGUCAGACGCCCUGAGUGCAUUACCUGAUAAAGCAUCUAUUCUGUCUUGUGAUGCUUCCUUUAGAAAAGAAUUUCAUGAAAUUCUGAUGGCAACUGAGAAUGAUCCAGUUGUGGAGGGCUUCAUUGGUGGUGUAAGGCUUGCUUGGUCUGUACAUCUGAUGUUAAUAAAUGAUGUGAUUACUGCAAGGGAAGAAGUUUCAAAUGCUUCAUCAACUGAUUUGGGCUACCUAAAUUCAAGCCUGGAACUCAUAUUCUCGAGGAAUGUUUUCCAGUUUUUACUGGAUAAUGUUCUUCGCACUGCAGCUUAUCAGAAUGAUGAUGAGGAUAUGAUCUACAUGUACAAUGCUUAUUUACACAAGCUGAUCACUUGCUUCCUAUCGCAUCCACUUGCUAGACACAAGGUAAAAGAUUCAAAGGAGAAUGCAAUGAGUGUGCUUAAUUCAUAUCGAUUGGCUGCUUCACAUGAUAGCAAAUUGCAUUCUCAACAGGCCAGUGAAACUGGCCCUUCACCAUUUGUAUCUCUGAUGGAGUUUGUGAGCGAAAUAUAUCAGAAAGAACCAGACUUGUUAUCUGGAAAUGAUGUUUUAUGGACAUUUGUGAAUUUUGCUGGAGAGGAUCACACCAAUUUCCAAACACUGGUGGCUUUCUUGAAAAUGUUGAGUACUUUGGCUUCCAGUCAAGAAGGUGCUGCAAAGGUCUAUGAACUACUUCAGGGUAAAGCGUUCCGCUCUGUUGGGUGGAGUACUUUGUUCGACUGCUUAACAAUUUAUGAUGAGAAAUUUAAACAAUCCCUUCAGACUGCUGGGGCCGUGUUACCUGAGUUUCAGGAGGGGGAUGCAAAAGCACUAGUUGCUUAUUUGAAUGUUCUUCAGAAGGUUAUCGAAAAUGGACAUCCCGCUGAAAGAAAGAAUUGGUUUUCUGAUAUUGAACCAUUGUUCAAGCUCCUUAGUUAUGAGAAUGUACCUCCUUUUCUGAAGGGUGCCUUGCGGAAUGCCAUAACUACAUUUAUUCAUGUCUCUCCAGUCCUAAAAGACACCAUUUGGAGUUACCUAGAGCAGUAUGAUUUGCCAUUAGUAGUUGGCACUCGUGUUGUAAAUAGUGGAAAACCAAUGACAGCUCAGGUUUAUGAUAUGAGAUAUGAGUUGAAUGAAAUAGAAGCAAGGAUAGAAAGAUAUCCAUCAACAAUUUCUUUUCUUAACCUAUUAAAUGUCCUUAUUGCGGAGGAAAAAGAUGUAAGCGAUAGAGGGCGUAGAUUUAUAGGCAUCUUUCGCUUCAUAUAUGAUGAUGUGUUUGGGCCAUUCCCUCAGAGAGCCUACGCUGAUUCGUGUGAGAAAUGGCAGUUAGUUGUUGCUUGUCUUCAGCAUUUUCAUAUGAUGCUGAGCAUGUAUGGGAUCCAGGAUGAGGACGUUGACAGUGUUGUUGAUCGGUCACUGACACAGCCAUCUUCACUUGAAAUGCAGCUUCCUGUCUUAGAGUUGCUAAAAGAUUUCAUGAGCGGGAAGGCGGUAUUCCGCAAUCUUAUGGGCAUUCUUCUGCUAGGGGUCAAUUUCAUAAUGACAGAACGCACCAGUCAAAUUCAUGGGCAACUUCUAGAAAAGGCAGUGCAACUUUCUUUGGAAAUUAUCAUCCUUGUCCUGGAAAAAGAUCUAGUUGUUUCUGAUUACUGGCGUCCUCUGUACCAGCCCUUGGAUGUUAUACUGUCUCAGGAUCAUAAUCAAAUUGUGGUGUUGUUGGAGUAUGUCAGAUAUGAUCUUCUACCUCAAAUUCAGCUAUGCUCUAUCAAAGUUAUGACCAUUCUGAGUUCUCGCAUGAUCGGGCUUGUACAGUUACUGUUAAAGUCCAAUGCUGCAAGCUGUUUGGUUGAGGAUUAUGCAGCCUGUCUUGAGCUACGUUCAGAAGAGUGCCAGAUUAUAGAGAACAGUGCUAAUGACUCGGGAAUUCUAAUAAUGCAACUUCUGAUAGAUAAUAUUAGUAGGCCGGCUCCAAAUAUUACACAUUUACUGCUCAAGUUUGAUCUCGACACCCCAGUUGAAAGAACAGUUCUGCAGCCAAAAUUUCACUACAGUUGCUUGAAGAUUAUUCUUGAAAUCUUGGAGAAACUCUCAAAACCAGAAAUAAAUGCAUUACUCCACGAGUUUGGUUUUCAGCUCCUUUAUGAGCUGUGCUUGGAUCCACUAACAUGCGGCCCUACCAUGGAUUUGUUAAGCAACAAAAAUUACCAAUUCUUUGUAAAGCAUCUUGAUACUAUUGGUGUUGCUGCCCUUCCUAAACGAAAUAGCAACCAGCCACUUCGCAUCAGUUCUCUUCACCAGAGAGCAUGGCUCUUGAAGCUUUUAGCUGUAGAGUUGCAUUCUGGUGAUAUGGGUAGCCCCACUCACAAAGAAGCCUGUCAGAACAUACUUUCUCAUCUUUUUGGAAGGGAAAUAAUUGACAUUGGGUCUGAUCGUGUGGCUUCUAAUGCAAUGACUCUUCGAAAUGGAACUGAACAUGCUGGAGCACAAGCAAUAAGCAAGAGUAAGGUAUUAGAAUUGCUUGAGGUGGUCCAGUUUAGAUAUCCAGAUACUACUGUGAAGCUUUCUCAGAUCGUCUCUAAUAUGAAAUAUGACUUGCUGGCAGAGGACAUACUUGAAGAUACAACAGCAUCUGGAAAGGGCAGCAUCUAUUAUUAUUCUGAGCGUGGUGAUCGUUUGAUUGACCUAGGUUCUUUCCGUGACAAACUUUGGCAGAAAUUCAAUUCAGUGUAUCCCCAGCUGAGUAACUUUGGCAGUGAAGCUGAACUUAAUGAUGUAAGGGAGGCAAUUCAGCAGUUGUUAAGAUGGGGAUGGAAGUAUAAUAAAAACCUUGAGGAACAAGCUGCCCAACUUCAUAUGUUAACUGGCUGGUCACAGAUUGUGGAGGUGUCUGCAUCAAGAAGAAUGUCCUCUUUGGAAAAUCAAUCUGAAAUUUUAUAUCUGGUUCUUGAUGCCUCUCUGAGUGCUUCUGCUUCUCCAGACUGUUCUUUGAGGAUGACAUUCAUAUUGAGUCAGGUUGCACUUACAUGCAUGGCUAAACUACGUGAUGAAAGAUUUCUGUGCCCUGGCGGUUUAAAUUCUGAUAGUAUCUCAGGUCUUGAUAUUUUAAUGGUGAAGCAAUUAUCAAAUGGGGCUUGCCAUUCUAUAUUGUUUAAGCUUAUAAUGGCAAUUCUGAGAAAUGAAUCUUCAGAGGCCUUAAGAAGACGCCAAUAUGCCUUGCUACUUAGUUAUUUUCAGUAUUGCCGGCAUACACUUGAUCCAGAUGUUCCAACAGCAGUUCUGCAAUUCUUGUUGCUUAAUGAACAUGAUAGUGAAGAUCUCCAUAAGAUUGACAGAGAACAGGCAGAAUUAGCCCGUGCUAAUUUUUCCAUAUUAAGAAAAGAAGCUCAGUCAAUCUUGGAUUUGGUAAUAAAGGAUGCAACACAAGGCAGUGGACCAGGGAAGACAAUAGCACUUUACGUCCUUGAUUCAUUGAUUUGUAUCGACCACGAUAGCUACUUUUUAAGCCAAUUUCAAAGUAGGGAAUUUCUGCGUGGUUGCCUGAUGAGCAUCAGCAACGUUUCAUAUCAGGAUGUUGGGCAUUCUCUGAACUCAUUGCAGCGAGCAUGCACUGUCGAGGCUGAACUGGCAUUACUGUUGAGAAUUAGCCAUAAGUAUGGAAAAUCUGGGGCCCAGGUUUUAUUUUCCAUGGGUGCCUUGGAGCAUAUCACUUCAUGCCGGGCAGUCAAUUUACAGGUAAGUAAGAGGCGGCUUGAUUCAAAGCUUCGACGAGAUGUGGCUGUGGAUAUUGACAAGCAACGGAUGAUCGUAACUCCGAUGUUGAGAUUGGUGUUUUCUUUGACAUCAUUGGUGGAUACAUCUGAUAUUUUUGAGGUGAAGAACAAGAUUGUUCGUGAAGUUAUAGAUUUUGUUAAAGGACAUCAAUUGUUAUUUGAUCAAAUUCUUCGGGAAGAUAUUUGUGAAGCUGAUGAUUUGGCAAUGGAGCAAAUCAAUCUUGUUGUUGGCAUACUUAGCAAGGUAUGGCCUUACGAGGAGAGUGAUGACUUUGGUUUUGUUCAAGGUCUUUUUAGUAUGAUGCAUGCUCUUUUCUCUUUAGAGUCGGAGACACCCACUUUGGGCAGAUCGGUACAAUCUUUAGAGAAUAAGAGGACGUUGGAAUUGAACUCAUUCCAGUUAUGCUUCAGUCUAAGCUCUUAUCUGUAUUUUCUGGUCACAAAGAAAUCUCUGAGGCUCCAGGUUUUGGAUAGCCCUCUAGAUUAUCAUUCUCCUGCUGGGAUGCAGCUGCCCACUUUGUCUUUGCUUGGUUCUCUUCUUAGUUCUGUGACAACUUCUCUUGAAAGAGCAGCAGAGGAAAAGUCCUUACUGUAUAAUAAGAUUCAAGAUAUAAAUGAGCUAUCAAGGCAGGAGGUUGAUGAAAUUAUUAACAUGUGUGUUCGGAGAGAAUGUGUAUCAUCAACUGAUGAUAUACAAAAAAGGAGGUAUAUUGCAAUGGUGGAAAUGUGCCAGGUUGCUGUCAAUAGAGAUCAGCUAAUUACCAUAUUACUUCCACUUGCAGAACAAGCGCUAAAUAUUAUCCUUGUUCACUUUCAGGACAGCUUUGUGACAGCUGAUACUGGUGGAGUAAUGAAAGCAAUUACAUAUGGUGCAAAAUCUGAUUCUAGACAGGAGACGUCUUUGUUAUAUGGAAAGUUGAUUUCCACUUUAGAACGACUUGAACUAUUAAGUGAGGAUAAGAUCAGCCGCAAUCUUAAGGUGUUCCGUAGAUUGGUAACAUCACUCAAAGAAAAUGCAAUCCAGAAGCUGUCCUUGUGAGUUCUCAGGAAAUGAUACUCUUAUUUUAUCUGUAAAUUUUAGGUCAUAUAGGAAUUUUGUCCAGAAAAACAUGUCAAAAUUGGGCAUGAUUGCUGUAAAAUGUGCUGUAAUAUUUGUCUGUCAAAAUAAUUUUGCUUUCUUUUAUUUGUGCUCAAAUUAAAAGCUAUUUAUUCAACUCCUCGGCGGUGAUGCAGCUGUGUUCCUGGUCUUAA